AUGAGCGAGGCCGCCCGGCCGCCGGUGCCGCCGUUCACGCGCGAGUCGGCGGCGCUGAAAGUGCGUGCGGCCGAGGACGCGUGGAACUCCCGGGACCCCGCCCGCGUCGCGCUCGCGUACACCGUCGACAGCGCGUGGCGCAACCGCUCCGAGUUCGUGACGGGGCGGCAGGAGAUCGAGGCGUUCCUGACGCGCAAGUGGGCGCGCGAGACGCAGUACCGGCUCAUCAAGGAGCUCUUCGCCUUCGACGGCAGCCGCAUCGCCGUGCGCUUCGCCUACGAGUGGCUGGACGCCGAGCAGCAGCAAUGGUACCGCGCGUACGGCAACGAGAACUGGGAGUUCGACGCGCGGGGCCUCAUGGCCAAGCGCUUCGCCUGCAUCAACGACGUGCCAAUCGACGAGCAGGACCGCCGCUUCCACUGGCCGCAGGGCCGCCGGCCCGACGACCACCCGGGGCUCAGCGAGCUGGGGCUGUAGCUUGCUCAGCAGGUAGUGCUGGGUAAUGCAUGCAGCGCCACGUCCCCGGGGAGAAGGAAUCUGAUUUCGCUUCUAUCUGAGACGUCCGAGUUGAUUUCUGUUUG